UGUAGAAGGAGGAUGCAAGUGCUGCAAUAGCAGCUGUAGAUUAAGGGAAAAUCCAAAUGGGAGCCAGAUAACCCCUAGUGGGGUUGUUGACCCCCCUCCCCUUUUUAUUGCUUAUGAAGAGGAGUAUGCAAAUAUCAACCUUGGUGGCACCAGUUAAAGACUGAGUGUUGCUGUCUGUGCUGUAUCCCAGGUCUGCAGAGCUAUGAGCUAUGGAGGAGGCAGGUAUCUCCCUGCGGCAUCCCCGUCCAUCCUCUCCCACUCCCCUACCACCAGCCCACCUCUCCUGCCCUGCUCUGAUGCACCUCUUCUUCCUGCUGCUCCUCUCCUGCACCCAGCCCUGGGGAGCUGCACUUUCUCAGACAGUUCCACACUGCAAUGAGACUGCAGGAAGCAGUGCCGGGUCACUAGCAGAAGAAGAGCAGCCAUCCCAAGAUAACAGCAGCACUAGAUAUAGCAGUAAUCAGAAUGGGAGCAAUGGUGUGCAAACCGAAAUCACACUGCCCUUAAGACUUGUGUACUAUAUUAACAAGGAAUCAGAGAGUCCAUACCACAUAUUGGAUACAAAGACACGGGAUCAAAAGCGCCAUAACAAGGCUGUUCAUCUUGCCCAGGCAAGUUUCCAGAUAGAGGCAUUUGGGACCACAUUUAUCCUUGACCUGACAUUGAACAAUGGCCUGCUGUCAUCAAAUUACAUGGAGAUUGAAUACAAAGAAGGAAAACCAAGACAAAGCAAGGGAGGCGAGCAUUGCUACUACCACGGUACUAUCAGAGGUAUACAGGAUUCCAGGGUGGCGGUCUCUACGUGCAAUGGUUUACAUGGCAUGUUUGAUGAUGGCAGUUACACGUACAGUAUACAUCCAGUGGACAUCACUCAAAAUUCUGAAAGCACAAGUCGACCGCACAUCAUAGAGAGAGCUCGAGGGUCCCAAAUCUCUAAGCACCCAGACAAUUUAGAUGAUGACGAAAGGGAUAUAGGACAGCAAACAUCUCAAGCACAAUGGCUAAGAAGAAGACGGAAAAGAGCACUAAAUCAGGCCCACCGCGGAAUAUUUGAGGAGAUGAAAUAUAUCGAGCUUAUGAUUGUAAAUGACCAUCAAAUGUACAAGAAACAUCGAUCUUCUCAUAUGUACACCAACAACUUUGCCAAAUCGGUAGUGAACCUUGUUGAUUCUAUUUACAAGGAAGAGCUGAACACACGAGUGGUCUUGGUUGCUGUUGAAACAUGGACAGAUAAAGAUCGUAUCCCUAUUGGUUCUGACCCUAUGAAGAUGCUUCAUGACUUCUCUAAAUAUCGACAGAACUACAUCAAGCAACAUGCUGAUGCUGUGCAUCUUUUAUCAAAUGGGACCUUUCAUUAUAAAAGGAGCAGUAUGAGCUAUUUCGGAGGUGUGUGUUCUCUCUCUAGAGGAGUUGGAGUAAAUGAGUACGGCAUUCUGUUGUCUAUGGCACAGCAGUUGGCUCAGAGUCUGGCACAGAACCUUGGCAUUCAGUGGGAGCCUGCAUCCCGAAAACUUAAACCAAAAGAAUGUGACUGUGCAGAAAAUUUUGGAGGAUGCAUAAUGGAAGAAACUGGAGUGUACCAUUCACGGAAGUUUUCCAAAUGUAGCAUAGCGGAAUACAAAGAAUUUCUCAACCGCGGAGGGGGGGCAUGCCUUUUUAAUAGACCAACAAAGUUGUUUGAAAUUACAGAAUGUGGAAAUGGGUAUGUGGAGGCAGGAGAGGAGUGUGACUGCGGUUUCCGAUUAGACUGUUUUGGGGAUUGCUGUAAGAAAUGCUCUCUCUCUAAUGGUGCUCAUUGUAGUGAUGGCCCUUGCUGUAACACUUCAUGUCUGUUUCUUCCGAGGGAGUAUGACUGUCGUAAUGCGGUGAAUGAGUGUGAUAUUACGGAACAUUGCACUGGAGAUUCUGGGCAGUGCCCACAAAAUCUUCAUAAACAAGAUGGAUACUCCUGUGAUUCUAACCAGGGCCGCUGCUACAAUGGUGAAUGCAAGACAAGGGACAAUCAGUGCAAACACAUCUGGGGAUCCAAAUCUGCAGGGUCAGACAAGUCCUGUUAUGAAAAGCUAAAUACAGAGGGUACGGAGAAAGGAAACUGUGGAAAAGAUGGAGAACGUUGGAUUCAGUGCAGCAAGCAUGAUGUAUUCUGUGGGUUUCUACUUUGUGCAAAUGUGUCCAAAAUCCCACGUAUUGGUCAGCUAAAGAGUGAUAUUUCACCAACCUACAUUAACCUUCAAGGAAGGGUAGUGGACUGCAGUGGUGCACAUGUUCUGUUGGAUGAUGAGACAGAUAUGGGAUAUGUGGAAGAUGGGACUCCAUGUGGACCAUCAAUGAUGUGCUUAGACAGAAAGUGCCUACCGAUUCAGUCGCUAAACAUCAGCAGCUGUCCUUUGGGUUCCAAUGGGAAAGUCUGCUCUGGACAUGGAGUUUGUAGCAGCGAAGCAACAUGCAUCUGCAGUUCUACAUGGGCUGGAACUGACUGCAGCAUUUAUGACCCAAAGAAGGAAAGCGGCGGCAAAAAGGAAGAUGUACCAAAGGUGAGCAUGGCCACUAACAGACUUAUAGGUGCAGUGGCAGGGACCAUUCUGGCUCUGGGGGUCAUAUUUGGAGGCACAGGGUGGGGAAUAGAAAAUGUCAAAAAGAGAAGAUAUGAUCCAUCGCAGUCUGGAAUAUGAAGUAGCACACUUUGCAAAUUGUCUUCCUGCACUAAAGGUCUAUGGAGCAGGACUCCUAAGGAACGUCUAAAGAAAGUCUACAUUAAAUCCAUGAAGGUCAUCAGAAACAAUAUAAACCAUCAACUGGUGGGUUUUUCAAGACUGUGAUGCAAAAGAAUAAAAAAUAAAUUGGAGAUUUCAGUUAAUGUUCUAAAUUGACUCGACUGGCAACUAAAAUGUCUACAAGAAAUCCCAUUCAGCUUGCAGGAAAUUCCAUCCAAAAUGUAGUAGGAAAUUUAAGUGCAAUAUCUUAUUUUUCAUGAAAAUAUAGUGAAUGUGGAACUUAAAAAACAUCUUCAGACAUAAGCACGAGGCUUAUCCUUUCUCAACAAAGAAUAUAAAAACAAAAACAGUGGCAUGAACAACUCAUUCUCUAGAAAGGGUAAAACUGCAUGACACAUUGCUAUACAUAAAAUGUUUUU